UUCAAUCCCGCCAGGCACUUUUCCAAUGGAUCACAACGCUUUGGUAUACAUGGCUAUCGCCUUGUGCUACUUCAUGGUGCUUCAGGCACCAGUCGUCCAGUCGGAGUGCUGCGUCGAUGCAAAGAAAAUCGACUACACUGUGGUGGAUGGGACAUGCGCAUCGGCAGGGGGAAAAGCAUCCGAUAACGGCAAAUGUGUUAUCACCAUAUGCGGCAAUGGAGAAGCUCUCAGAGGCACUUACUGUGGCAGAGGAUCAUGCAACGUGUUCGGCUGCAAUUGCGACGGCGGUUGCCUUGGCUCUGGUUGGGAAGAAACUUUUCUUCAAAACGCAGCGCAGUACAAAGUUUCCCUCUUGGGAUGGUCAUGGACAAGUCUAUCUGCAGCAGAUCGCGUUUAUGAAAGCGGACUAAAGAUCUUAGACGAAGCUAAGAUCGGUUAGAUUUGCGCUGACAACAGAAUUCUGUAUUUUAUAGACACGCGAUAAGAAACUGAAAUUGAGUUUGACUUCCAUAUAACAAUUGACAACAA